UAUGUCGUAAAGCGCAAACCGCACGCUGCAGUCCUUGACUUUGUGUUUCUAGCGAUAGUUUACGUAACUUACGUAGUCACCGUAAAAACACAUAUUCGCGUGAUGAACGCACAUUUUACCCAGUUGACAGCGGUGUGUGAAGAAGAAAGUUUAUUGAAACGUUAUGAAGGGAGUAUUUCGAGCCAAAACGAGUUCGGCGUAACUUUUUGAGCAACUUUGCUCCAGCGAGCUCAAGGGACCGUCGUCGAAUGUGUCGCCCCGCCGAGGCGGAGCGUGGCUCGCGGCCGUCGCCCCGCUCUGCGCCACUUUAAGCGGGGAGGAGAAGGAGGAGGGGGGAAGCCUUGAAACCUCCAUGUUUGUAUCUUGAAAUUGCGGAGCGGAGCCGAGCACCAUAUUGAAAUCAGAGUUGCCAACUCUUUGAACAAAUGUUUGAGAACUUUCGGCCUCCAAGCGGCUUUCCGAGCGGACACGGGCACUUCGGGCGGCGUCGCAGCGACGAUGGACGCGCUGUGAAAGGGCGACUCGUCGCGGCGCUUUCCGGUGCGGUUUUAACGCAUGUUGUUGAAAAGUUCAUGCGGCGCCAACAAGACGAAAGAGAAGUCGGCGAACUACCCGCAGCUUUAAAAGCGUGAGUUCGGCACUUUUUUUUCUUUCCUCCCCCCCUCUCUGUCGUCUGGAGCGGACCUGGAGGUGAUGGACAACCCGUCCUCGGUGAUCACCCAAGUCAGCCGGGAUGAAGAGGGCAGCAAAGCGGCAGGAGAGAGGGGCUCUUCUCCAUCUCUGUCUUCUAAGAAGCCCCGGAGUGGAGGCCUCUUUUCCAACCUUUUUUGCUGCCUGUGUCGGGACCACCCUGAAACACCGCCGGUCAACAACAACGCCCCGCUCUUAGUCGAAGAGAAUGGAACUGUGUCCAAGAUCCAAGCGAAGCCACUUCUCCCUCCAGUGAAGUCAAAAGACUCUGGAAAGAUCUGUGUGGUUAUAGACCUGGAUGAGACGUUAGUUCACAGCUCUUUUAAGCCUGUGAACAAUGCAGAUUUCAUCAUUCCUGUGGAAAUCGAUGGAACAGUACAUCAGGUGUAUGUCCUGAAGCGGCCACAUGUCGACGAGUUCCUGAAGAGGAUGGGAGAGCUGUUCGAGUGUGUCCUGUUUACUGCCAGUUUAGCUAAGUACGCAGACCCUGUCUCUGAUCUUCUGGACAAGUGGGGAGCGUUUCGCUGCCGCCUCUUCAGGGAGUCUUGCGUCUUCCACCGAGGCAAUUAUGUCAAGGACCUGAGUCGCCUUGGUCGCGAUCUCAACAAAGUCAUCAUUGUGGACAAUUCGCCUGCUUCCUACAUCUUCCACCCCGACAACGCAGUGCCUGUGGCCUCAUGGUUUGACGACAUGUCUGACACGGAGCUGCUGGACCUCAUACCGUUCUUCGAGAGGCUGAGCAAAGUGGAUAACGUCUACACAGUCCUCAAGCAACACGGGCCCGCGAGCUAACGCCACUCGACCCCCUCCCCCCAUCACCUCAGCUCCAAGCAAAUCGGCGUUCAGCAAUAAAAGACGACAAAAUGGGAAAAAAAAGCACACACACCAGUGAGGCUUCCAGUUCCAGCUCUCACUGCUUCACAGGGGCCAGAGCCCUCACCCUCUCAGCAUCAAAUCAACCCUUUAUUCGGGCGUCCUCAGUGACUUUGACCUCAUGGUCAAACUCAUACGAGUGAAUGGAUGAAAGGAUGAAUGUUUCGAAGACAUUUUUUGCGGAGGUCAGUAGCCAUGGACCCUCACCUAUGGACACAGCUCGGGAAGUGGAUUUCUUUAUGUUCCGGUCCUGGAAACAGAUUUUGGAAAAGGUUUACGUGCGAAACACGCUCGAUGAGUCUUUGAAACGACAUCUCUGUGCUGCGGAUUCUUUGACUUUUAAAUUAGUUUUUUUGUCCACUUAAUUAUGCCCUUGUUUUGUCAGGUGGCACACUAUUUGUCUGGAUUCAGAAGCACUUGAUCCUUAAAUGUCAUUUCAGAGUUUUUGUUUUUUUAAAUCACAACAGUGUUAUUGAAAAGUAAUUCUUAAGAAUACAUAAAUUACAGCUAGGGCUGUAAUCUAGAGUUAUGAAAAAUUUGGAAAUAAUUGGAGAGCACUUUACAUGUUCGAUGUGUAGUCUAUAGUGCAAAGACCCUUUUGCAAGACAACAUAAUUACAUAUUUCGUGUAUUUUCUUUGCCCUCGAUCCACCAGGAUUGGGUUAGAGAGGCCAAGCCUUCCCCAAACCCUGACACUAAUUUGCUCAUAAUAACCCAUGAAAAAGUAGCUUUUAGAUCUUGGUUUUUAGGGGCAAUUUAAAGCUAGAAUGCAACAUAUUUGCACUUUCCUAUCAACAAAUGUUCAGCUGACACCAGAGUUUAGAGGACCAUGACUGUCUUCCAAAAUAAAAGACAGAAACAAACAAACAAACAAAAGGAAUCAGUCACUGUUAAUGGUGCUUUAAAAGCUGGUAGCAUCACAAGUGUGGGAUUUGUUCCUCGCUUUCUUAGCUACGCACAAAUCUUGAAUCUUUUACUGCGUUUGAGAGAUUCGCGUUUCAGCGAUAGAUGGAAAGCUCUUUGGCUUUUUCCAUUUAUUAUUAUUUUUCCUCCCUAAGCGGUACUCAUAGGUUGGAAACAGGUUUUGUUCAAAUUGUUAUCCUCGAGUAAAUUACGGCUCCGUUCAGUCCAGAUUUAAGAGUAAAAUUCGCCUGCAAACAUUAUUGACAAACAGCUCUUUGAUACGUUUUGCUGUACUUCUGUAUUUUUUUGAGAAUCUUAUUUUUUCAUUUUUUUUACAGAAACGAUGUCAUUUUUAGCGCAGCUGCAGUGACAUUUAAAAGAUCUGAAAUAAAAUGGGUAAAUAUUGAUAUUUGAAUAUUGCGACACCUUCACCUUCUGCAGUUGGAUUUUAAGUCAGAUAUAUUUCUCAUGCAGUUUGCGAUUUAUUAAAAAAAAAUUUGCAAUAUCAGUGUUCACUGAAUUGACAUAUUGAUACGUAUUUGAUACAUUGUGUAGACUUUAUGUUUAAAUUUUUUUUCAAUAUCAAAACAAAUGACUUUCUGACACUGAAAACUAGCAGGAUUCCACACCUUUUGGCCAAAGGCAUUCUGGGAAAUGUAGGAAAUAACACACAUUAAAAAUGUGUGAAAUGGUUCAAAGCUGGACUCAUUUUAGGUUUUAUUUUAUUUUGCAAUUGCAUCUUAAUUUUUUUAGUUCUCCUCACGAUAAAGUUAAAAUGUAGUGAGAUAAAAGCAACGAGGCUUAACAGCCUUUUUUUUUUUUAAAUCUUUCUUAUUUGCGAUACGACAAGUCUUGUGUUGACACUGAUGAAUGAAAGAGGGUGGGUUUGACCAUGAGCCUGGCCUGCAGGCUUUCGACAAAGACUAUUGAAUCCACCCACUUAAGAGCUGUUGCCUUAUUUUUCUAUAUGGUAAAACAAAUUCUUGUCAAUCAAAUUAGUCUUUCAUUGUCAAAUAAUAAUGUUUUUUAUCCUUUUUUUUUUUUUUUUUACCAAGAAAGGGCCUCUUAUAAAAUAUUUAUAGUAUAAUUUUCAAUCUGAAAAUCUGAAAUGAUAUUCUUGCUGUUUUUGUGCAAGAGCUCAUAUUAGUCGGUAGGAUCCAAACCACCAGCAAAUAAAACAUGCUUCAUGUAAAGCCAUCAACCUGUCUUGGUUAGGUUUGAUGUUUUAAAUUUAUUGGCAGAAGAAAAGUAUUUAUAGGAAUGUUGUUUUGUCAUCUGAUUACAUUUAUAACUAGUAUUGUGUCACUGUGUGGGCCCCAUUUGCUGAUACUGUACUUCUUACACAUUAAUAGAUUUGUAUAUGUUGUUUUGCACAGUAAUAAAGCAAACAAAUUUCUUUAAUAUAUGGAAUAUUCAUUUUACUGUAUUCAUGAUUCUAUAACUGUAACCUAUUUUUUCUGGCUUUUGUUUUAUCAUACCAAAUGAUGUAUGUAUGUAUGUAAUAAUGCCAUUUUUCUUCUCCCCAUAAAUGCUAAAUGACAGUCCUA